AAAUAAAUAACAAAUGAACUUUAAUAGUAACUCUAUUGUACUAGAAAAUAAGAGCGAUCUCUUAUCCCAAAAGGUAUCUGAUGAAUUCAACACUUUUCCAAAUUCACAAGAUAUUGACUACCAGGAGUUCUUUCAAGCAGAUCUGCCAGGCUCAUAUGGUGUAAACUCACUAAACGUAUUCAACAACGUUCAAGAUGUUGAGGAGGGCUUCAGCUUCUUUGAGGGUGAUAAUGACUCAUUGAGCCCUAAAAUUGCUAGUAGCAAGGCUGAGCACUUGAAUUCUUCGGAAAAUAUUUUCAAAUUCUGUAAUAAGAUCGAGAAUAGUAUGAUUGGUGAACUCGGAUUAAUCGGCGUAACUCAAUCUAGCAAGGAACAACCUAUGCAAUUCGGAGACAUUAAUUUGGACACUUGCCAAGCUGACUGUGAUUUUGACAAUAAUAACAACCUUGAGGAAGCCCCAAAGAAACUAGUCACCAAACCUGAGAUGACACCCAAAAAAUCGAAUCCGAGAAAAUGAAAGGCAGUUAGGAGAGAUGUUAUUAACAAGACAAUUUUUAGAAUUAUUCGCAGAUACUAUCACAAAAUUCUCGAAAAAGUUAUUCCUGACUACAAAGAACAGAAAAAGAAUGACCUUGUCAAGUUAUUGGAGAAGUUCUCUGACCUGAUUUUCCCAGAGGUAGAUAAUUCCAAUGAGAUGGCAAAGGUAAUGAGUGCCUUGAUGUUCAGAAGGGAAGCACUACUUUCCAAAAAGGAUGUUUACCAUAAGCCAAAGCUGAGAGUAUUUCUUGACAUCCAGAGCAAGUACUCUCAUAAACUCUUGUCCCCUGUUCUCAAGAACAGAUAUUUCAGAAUGAUGUUCGAAAUGUUUCUUCAGAAUGGAAGCGAAUUUUUCAUAAGUGAUGAAAAUGUUGCUUCAAAUUUCAAGGUAUACCACCAGGAGCUUGAGAAGAUCAAAGACCUCUUCUUCUCCAUGGAAAAGAGCCACUUCUAAGUGCAACAGUGCUAGUUGC